CGAUUCACUUUUGAUUGACACAAACCACUUUAAAGUUUUAUGCAUCUUUCUUAUAUUUUGUCAUUUUUUUGCAUUAAGUGACAAGAGACUGAUGAAAAUUAAAUUGUUCUCAGAUUGAGGAAGACGGUGUAGAGCUGUGAGCUUUCCUCAUAGAAUAUAGGUUUUCAAACUUACAGUUUUUCAAAGACACAGUGAUCAUUGUAAUUUUUGUGAGUGUCUAAGAAUGAAGUGCAGAUUGGUGUGAAUUCAAUGCUUUAUUUAAGUUUUUUUACCAAAGGGAUGGGAGGUUGUGUUGCUUCUAUUGCUUAAAAAAAGCUUUGCUGUCUGAAUAUCUAGUGUAUAUGAAGAUGUUUCUUGAACUUCAUAGCUGUAUAACUGACCCCAAAAUAAGUGCAGGAAGUGGUUUAUACCGUAAUAUUAUGAAUGCAAGAAAACAUUUAGGUCAGUAAAUUUUUGCAUAUCUUUUCUAUUUAACUGUGCCCUUUGCAGUCACUUUAGCCUUGCUCAGUGCCACCAUUCUCAGAAGGUACUUUCAGAAAAGGAGAAAUGCCCUUAAUGUUGAUAAAGUGCCAGACCAUGCAGCAAAGUGCUAGAAGGAGAAGUAGCCAAGCAUAAAACGCAUAGCUUCUGCUGAACAAGAGCAGUAGCAGACUACAAGGAAAGAGAAAAUGUCUUCUGAAACAGGUCAACAGGGAAGUCAGACGCCUCCAAUAAAGCAACCUGGAUGGCCAAUGUUAUUUUGUCCCUUGUCCCAAAUUCAAGACAGAGAGAUUGCAAGGAUUGUUAAAGAAUGCAAACAGGAAAGUUUUUGGUACAGAGCUCUUCCUUUAUCUCUUGGGAGCAUGCUUGUCACCCAGGGGCUAAUCUCAAAAGGCAUUUUCACAGCAAGCCCAAGAUUUGGUCCAUACCCCAAGAUGGCACUUGCUGGUGUCUUGGGUUUUGCCAUUGGAAGGAUGUCAUACAUGGGAAAAUGCCAAAAAAAGUUUCAGAAAAUUGGAAUUGCACCAUUUUGUCCAAAACAAAAAAGGAAGUGUCAUCAUACUUGCCAAGAAUGUAAAGCAAAAUUUGGAUCGAAUGAGAGAGAAGGUUCAAGUCCUUCAGCAGCUUAGUGCCAGAUGUGGUGAACACAAUUAAAACCUUAUGGACCAUCUUCUUUCAAGGCACUUUCCUGUAGACUAGAAAUAAUAAUUUUGUGAUUCUAUCUCUUAGAUUUGGUAUAAAUUGACUUAUUUGAAAUAAUUUCAUAUUGUUCUAUAGCUCUGUUUGUAUUAAAUACCAGGUUUUUUGAAUGCACUUUUUGAAAUACACUCUUCUCUUUUCAGCACAUAUUGAUUUAUUUUCCUCUCUUCAAUGCAAUUUAGCUCUUAGUGCUGAAAAAUUACAUUUGUCUAUUGUAUUUAGAUGCUGGCAAUGCUUUGUGUAACAGACAAAGUGGUUUAUGUUGGAAUGUUUGUCUGUGUCAAAUUGUAAGGGUGUGAGGCUGUUUAAAUGGUUUGCACAGUGAAGCAGCUAUCCAGUCUGAGCUGACCCCUUGGUUGUGGAGUACUUUAAGAGUACCCAAUUCAGGGUAUUUGCAGUUACUGUGCUGAACCAACUUCCCAUAAGCCAAUUUACACAGAGGGCUGCUUUGCCAGGGAUACCAAAAUCAUGAACAAGAACACACAAUAUUUUGGAACAGC